GGUCUUCCUGCUCACGCCCAAGCACUGCCAUUCAACACUCGUCCAGUCUCACUGUUUUUGCCGUUAUAAGCCUGUCUCUUUCCUUUAUCAUCCCCUGCGAAGGCCUUUAGCUGCCAAGCGCGAUGACGACUCCCCAAAACCAGCCGAAGAAGGUCAGGAUCACUGGUAAGUGGUUUUCGGGAUAUCUCGUUGACUGUUGUUGAGCACAUGACAGUCGUCGCUGCGGAUGGUUUGUCCAAGCGCGAGGUCUUCCGCCUCCCUGAUCCAUUCGCUGUGAUCACUGUGGAUGCGGAGCAAACUCACACCACGAGCGUCAUCAAGAAGACCCUGAACCCGUACUGGAACGAGAGUUUUGAUAUCUUCGUUAAGGACUCUUCUGUGAUUGCGGUCCAGAUCUUUGACCAGCGCAAGUUUAAGAAGCGGGAUCAAGGAUUCUUGGGUGUUGUAAACAUUCGCGUCAGCGAUGUUAUUGACCUGGAGAUGGGUGGCCAUGAGAUGCUUACACUAGACCUGAAGAAGUCCAACGACAAUCUCGUGGUACACGGCAAACUGAUUCUAUAUCUCUCCACCAAUGUUAAUCAGCCAAUAAGCAAUCCUGGUCCAUCGCAGGUGAACACGAUCUCAGAGACAUUAUCCGGAAUCUCCCUCAAUUCUGGCGGGUCCUCUGCGGCGGCGAGCAGCAACAACCUGGCUGCAGGCAACACACUCUCUCGUACUUCUAGUGCGCAUGCAAUCGGCGCCGACAACGCUCAAGCGUCGGUACCGGCGCCACACGUAUCCACCCCUGGCGCUGAGGCUGAGCAAUCGCCGACGAGCCCUGCGCGACCCGCAAGCACGGGCAAUGCCGCCGCUGUAGGCGCGCAAUCCCCGGUGGCCAACCCGAGCGCCACAGGGCACACUGCGUCUAAUAAUAACGCUCAGCUCCGCAACUUCAACCCGCAUGAGGAUCAGUACGGACCGCUCCCACAGGGCUGGGAGCGUCGCAUCGACCCCUUGGGACGCACGUACUACGUCGACCAUAACACGCGCACUACGACAUGGAACCGACCAUCCUCCAGCCAGACUGCCAAUACCCAUGCUCAGGACGGCGUGACGAAUGCCGCUCGCGACCAGCACAACCGUCGUAUCCUUGUCGACGAUAUGUUGGAAGCGAACAACAGCGCAGUUGCUCGUGCCAGCUCGGCCCAAGUUAACACGUCAGCCGCCGCUCUUGCGGCAAGCAACAACCUUACCACGACUGGUGCAGGACCUCUUCCCGCCGGCUGGGAGGAACGGUAUACUCCCGAGGGUCGGCCUUAUUACGUAGAUCACAACACCCGCACCACGACAUGGGUGGAUCCUCGUCGGCAGACGAUCAUCCGCGUCAUGGGCCCGAAUGCGGGGAACAAUACUUUCCAGCCGCAGACGAUCUCGCAACUUGGACCUUUGCCGUCCGGGUGGGAGAUGCGUCUCACGUCCACUGCGCGUGUGUACUUCGUCGACCACAACACGAAGACGACCACAUGGGACGACCCACGCCUGCCAUCCACGCUGGAUGCGAACGUGCCUCAGUAUAAGCGCGACUUCCGCAGGAAGCUCAUUUACUUCAGGAGCCAGCCUGCAAUGCGCGCCCAGCCCGGCAACUGCCAGAUUAAAGUCAGGCGAAACCAUAUCUUUGAGGACAGUUAUGCAGAGAUCAUGAGGCAAACUCCGAACGAUCUCAAGAAGCGGCUGAUGAUCAAAUUCGACGGAGAGGAUGGUUUGGACUACGGUGGUUUAUCAAGGGAGUUCUUUUUCCUGCUCUCGCACGAGAUGUUCAACCCCUUCUACUGCUUGUUCGAGUACUCGGCACAUGACAACUACACUCUCCAGAUCAAUCCUGCGUCUGGUGUCAACCCCGAGCACUUGAACUACUUCAAGUUCAUUGGACGGUGCUUGGGCCUGGGCAUUUUCCACCGCCGGUUCCUCGAUGCAUACUUCAUCACCGCGUUCUACAAGAUGAUCCUCAGGAAGAAGGUGACGUUGGCGGACCUUGAGAGCGUUGACGCCGAGCUUCACCGUGGACUAACGUGGAUGCUGGAGAACGACAUCACCGAUGUUAUCGACGAGACGUUCACGACCACUGAGGAGCGCUUUGGCGAGAUGGUCACUGUGGAGCUAAAGGCUGAUGGUGCUGAAAUCCCCGUGACUGAGGAUAACAAGAAAGAAUAUGUCAGCUGCGUCGUCGAGUACCGUAUCCAGCGACGCGUCAAGGACCAGUUCGAGGCAUUCAUGUCUGGAUUCAGCGAGCUGAUUCCGCAGGACCUCGUCAACGUCUUCGACGAGCGUGAGCUUGAGCUCCUCAUUGGAGGCAUGUCCGAGAUCGACGUCGACGACUGGAGCAAGUUCACUGACUACCGUGGAUACGAGGUCAAUGACGAGGUUGUCCAGUGGUUCUGGAAGUGCGUGCGCUCGUGGCCUCCUGAGCGCAAGUCGCGGCUCUUGCAGUUCGCGACGGGCACGUCGCGUAUACCUGUCAACGGAUUUAAGGAUCUGCAGGGCUCAGAUGGGCCGCGGCGGUUCACGAUCGAGAAGUCGGGCGAUCCCAGCCAGCUGCCGAAGAGUCACACGUGCUUUAACCGCAUUGACCUCCCACCGUAUAAGGACUAUGCGACAUUGGAACAGAAGUUGACGUUGGCCGUAGAGUGAGUAUUCCUGCGAUCAAUGUAUUUCGUGUACGAGUCGCUGACACCUUUGUUAGGGAAACAGUUGGCUUCGGGCAAGAGUAGGCCCGCAAUAUCUGCUCACCUCUUCGUUUCGUUUCCUUCCAUCUUUCGUCCUUUUCUAAGCCUCUCUUUUGAUCUAUGCUGUGCCUCACGUGUACUAUUUUCUCGCCCCUACAUCUACCCGGUCCCUCGUUCUCUUUGUUUCACUCGUUUGGCCGG